AAUAUAUUGGAGCAUUUAAUACCAUUUAUAAGUGCAUCUGGGAAUUCAAGAAACUGUCCACUGAUAAAUUAAUCGCCAUGAAAUCUGACAACUUACACAAACUGUCGCAGAAUCCUCCGACUUCAGAGGAAGAUUUAACCACUGAAAACAGUUCGCUCAGCAGCGAUUCGGAUACCGAAGAUAUGGCUAGCGAUCAACAAAAGAUAGUGCAAGUACUAAGAAAGACUAUUAGAAGGAACAACACCAAAAUAAAUGAUCUGGAUGUGAAGUUGACAAUUUCAGAAAUUCAUUUGUCAAGUGAAAAAGAAAAGUCUAAUUAUAAGGAUGGUUUGAUAAAGACUUUAAACUUGUCGCUCGAUUUAACUAAUCAAACCAAAGAUUUAGGUGAAAAGCAACUUCAAAGUCAAAUUUCGGAGCUGAAAAAUGCACUUGAUUUGAGCAAGAGUCAGGCCUUAAUUAAAGAAAAAGAAAGAUCCGGCCUUGUAGACUCAAAUAAUCAAUAUAAGAAAAAUAUUAAAGAACUGAAUUCCGAAAUUUCCAAAUAUAAAUGUGCAGUUAAAGACAUGGACGAUGAACUUUUUGAAAUAAGAAAUAAAGUCCAGGAACGUGAUGACGAUCUGAAAGAGAAUGAGGACCACAUCGCCCGGCUAAAUUCCAAAAUUAAGACCAAUGAAGCCAACAUUUUCUUUUUACUGGUCUUUAUUUCUAGUUUUUUGUUACUUUAUAUCGAGCAUCUUAUACUAAAUGUAAACGUGUAGAACGUGUAGAAUUUUGUAUCCUUUUUAAUUUUACCAAAAUAAAUGUAAUAUUGUUACGUUUA